GAACUGUACAACACGCUGGAGACUGCACACCCAGAGGCUGUCUUCAUCAUUGCUGGUGACUUUUAUCGAGUGUCACUGACGAAAGUCUCUCUGGAAUUUUGUCAGCACAUGCAGCUAUGCCUCAUAAACAGAGGAUGAAGAAAACUACUUCCGCGAAGACCGCUCAAGUUGGAACAGAAUCAAGGCCUACUUCUACCGAAGAACCACGGACUCAGGUACAACACACCACUGGUGAAACAGAACAGGAGACCGCGGCAGCAUCGGCCAUUUCUAAAGGGAAAGAUCAACGAGAAUUGCGCAUGCGCAAAGGAACGAGCAUGCGCAAACGAGUGCAACCAGAACUACAAAACCCAGCAACGACUGAAACCGACAGUGAAAGUGAGUCUGAGAGAGAGCCGGACUCUCUGGAAAAAUCAGACGAAGAUGGAGAAGAAGAUGAAAGUUCCUCUGAAAAUACAAAAAAGACUUUGAGGCAAAUAAUGCAUAAAUUAAAUGCAUUAAAAGUAAUUAAAAGUAACCAAAAAGUAAUUAAAGAAAAAAUAAUAAAUAUGGAGGCUAUGUUUGAUAAAAUGACAAAGAAACAGGAAAAAAUGGAAAAGAAAAUUACAGAUUUGGAAGUCAAAGUGGAAGAAAUGGAUGGAAGAAUGAAGAAGAUGGAAGAUGAUAAUGAUGCCUGGACAUCAGAAAGAAAACAACUCGUGGGAAAAAUUGAUAAGCUCGAAAAUUUUAGUAGACGCAACAAUAUUAAAAUUGUUGGACUUAAAGAAGGUACCGAAGGAGAAGACCCAAUAAAUUUUUUUCAAAAAUGGAUUCCUGAAAAAUUGGAAAUGGGAGAAGAAACUUCAAUUGAGAUUGAAAGGGUGCACAGAGCCUUAAGACCAAGAUCUCAAGAUGAUCAAAAUCCGCGAUCAAUUUUGAUAAGAUGUUUAAGAAAAGAUUUUGAAGGCGGCUGCCUAAGGUGCUAAAAGAAGAAAAGGCCCAUUGAUGAUAGCAGAGAAACCAGUUCUUUUUUAUCCUGAUAUAAGUUAUAACCUUUUGAAGAGAAAGAAUUCAAUCCAGCUAA